UUGCUGGCGGGCGCGCGUGGACGUGAGGCGCGUGGUGCGGUCGGUGCCCCGUAGAGUCGCUAAGAGGAAUUGGAGCUGCCGCGCCGACGGCGGGGGUCGGCAGGCGUCUGCUCGCUAUGGGCCGCCGGGCGCGGGAUCGCCGGCGGCAGCUGCUGCCGCAGCAACGCCAGGAGCGGAGCGGCGGCGGCGACGACCAAGCGGGCUGGACCGGCGGCUACCCUGAGAUCGUGAAGGAGAACGAGCUGUUCGAGCGGUACUACCGGGAGCAGCGCAUCGUGCCCGACGGCGAGUGGGACGCCUUCAUGGCGGCGCUGCGGGAGCCGCUGCCCGCCACGCUGCGCAUCACCGGCUAUAAGAGCCACGCCAGGGAGAUCCUGCACUGCCUGAAGGAGAAGUACUUCCGGGAGCUGCAGCACCUGGAGGUCGACGGACAGAAGGUGGAAAUGCCGCAGGCGCUGAGCUGGUAUCCAGAGGAGUUAGCGUGGCACACCAACCUGAGUAGAAAAAUCUUGCGUAAGUCACCGCAGCUGGAGAGGUUUCAUCAGUUUCUGGUUAGCGAGACAGAGUGUGGAAACAUCAGUCGUCAGGAGGCUGUUAGCAUGAUCCCACCUCUGCUGCUUAACGUUAACCCUGAUCACAAGAUUCUAGAUAUGUGUGCUGCACCUGGAUCUAAGACUGCUCAGCUCAUUGAAAUGUUGCAUGCAGACAUGAAUGUUCCUUUUCCCAAGGGUUUUGUAAUUGCUAAUGAUGUUGACAACAAGCGCUGCUACUUGCUGGUUCAUCAGGCUAAACGAUUAAACAGUCCGUGUAUCAUGGUGGUAAAUCACGAUGCCUCCAGUAUCCCUAAUCUACAAAUAGAUGUGGAUGGAAGAAAAGAGAUCCUCUUCUAUGACAGGAUUUUGUGUGACGUCCCCUGCAGUGGAGAUGGAACCAUGAGGAAAAACAUUGAUGUAUGGAAGAAGUGGACAACACAAAACAGUUUGCAGCUCCAUGGAUUGCAACUAAGAAUUGCAACUCGUGGUGUUGAACAGCUGGCAGAAGGUGGGAGAAUGGUAUAUUCUACGUGUUCAUUGAAUCCUAUUGAAAAUGAAGCUGUGAUUGCAUCUCUGCUGGAAAAGAGUCAAGGUGCCUUAGAACUUGCUGAUGUCUCUUCUGAGUUGCCAGGUCUGAAGAGGAUGCCAGGAAUUACAAAAUGGAAGGUCAUGCUGAAAGAUGGACAGUGGUUUGAAGAGUGGAAAGACGUGCCUUCAAAUAGACAAACACAAAUACGUCCCACAAUGUUUCCUAUAAAAGAGGAGGAGAAGCUAAAGGCAAUGAAUCUAGAGCGCUGCAUUAGAAUACUGCCACAUCACCAGAACACAGGAGGCUUUUUUGUGGCUGUGUUAAUAAAAAAAUCUCCAAUGCCAUGGAAUAAACGCCAGCCUAAGGUUCAUCAGAAAUUACCAGAAAAAACAGGAGAUACUGAGGCGACAGCAACAAAUGCAGAUGAUGGUUCUGAAGAUACUACUGAGAAGCCAACACUUGAAGAUGAAGAGUCUAAGAAAGUACAAGAACAGCAAAAUUCAGACACUGAGCAGAGCAAAAAAGGAGUUUGCGGACCUCCACCAUCUAAAAAAAUGAAGUUGUUUGGUUUUAAAGAAGAUCCUUUUGUAUUUCUCCCUGAAGAUGACCCAUUGUUCCUUCCUAUCCAGAAGUUUUAUGCACUGGAUCCUUCAUUUCCCAAGAUGAAUUUAUUAACUCGAACUCAAGAAGGAAAGAAGAGACAGCUGUACAUGGUUUCUAAGGAGCUGAGGAAUGUGCUUCUCAACAACAGUGAGAAGAUGAAGGUUAUCAACACAGGAAUAAAAGUCUGGUCUCGCAACAGCGAUGGUGAGCAGUUUGGAUGUGCCUUCAGAUUAGCACAGGAGGGAAUAUAUACUCUAUACCCAUUCAUUCAUGCAAGGAUUAUAAAUGUCUGCAUAGAAGAUGUUAAAAUACUGCUAACCCAGGAAAAUCCAUUCUUAAGCAAAUUCAGCAGUGAAACACAGAGGAAAGUCAAAGACAUGGCAAUGGGAAGUAUAGUUCUGAAGUAUGAGCCAGACCCUGAAAAACCUGAUGAUCUUCAGUGUCCUGUAGUGCUCUGUGGCUGGCAAGGAAAGACAUCGCUCCGUGCCUUUGUGCCCAAGAAUGAGAGACUUCAUUACCUGAGGAUGAUGGGAGUUGAAGUGUUUAAAGCAAAGAGGAAAGAGGGGGAAUCAGAAAGUAAAACAGAGGAGGAAGUUCAGUGCAGACCAGCACAAAUGGAGGAAGGAAUGGAUGUGGAAGAUAAAGAACGGGAUGCAGUCACUAAAAUGGAAGCAGAAGUAGGUGGAGAAUCUCACCACCGUCCUAUGGAAAGCAGUGCUAUGGAAAUAGAAAAUAAAAGUGAGGAUUCAGAUCAAUUUAGUAAAAAUACCAACAGUCACAUAAGCCAAGAAAGUAAAGAUAUCAGUACAAAUAAUGUGAAAGAUUAAAUUUCUUUCAAUGUUACUUCUGUGUGGCUUCCAUGAGGCUCACAUCCAGACUCUGGCUUUUAGCAUGGAAGAAUAUUUUAAAAUUUCAGUUGGGAUUCCUAUUUUAAAAUUUCACCUAUUUUAUUUUUUAAAUGAAAACUAUAUUAAAAAAAAUUCUCUUCAAGCGUGUCUUAUUGUUACUACUUUUCGGUUUCACUGGUGGGUUUGUGUGUCUGUUGCUGGCAAUGGACCAUGCACCAGUAAAAUCUGAAGCCUGUCUUUGAAAUAGAAAAAUGGUAUGUACAAAUAAACUGGCUGUGGCACUGGUCAGAAUCUUACGAAGAAUUCCUUCACAAUAAAGCAAAACAACAACUGAAGUUUCAUUCAAAGCA